GCCGCGGAUAUCCUGGAAGGACGACCACCCAGAUACGGUCGCCUGUCGUUGAUUCUAACCACUUCCCCUGCGCCAGCUGAAAGACGCCUUGGAUGCAAUCACACAUCCAACGCCGGUCCUGCACCGACCCAUCAUCUCCGUCAAGCUGCAGCCCACUGUUAUGCGGCGGAACCUCAUGAACGCCCAGUCCAUGUCCUAUCUCGAGGCCGCCGAGCUCGAGAUUGCCGCCAACAAGGCCAAGGGCAAAAAGGGAGAGCGCAAGCAUCAGCUAACCGACGAAACCGCUCUGCAGUACAACCUGGUCAACACCGACUUGGCCUCGCUACUGAACCUCAAAAAGCACGCCGACACGGGCGACGAGGACGCAGACGAGCCAGACGAAUCGCUUCUCCUUUCCCAGGGCGAUCUUGGAAUCGUCGAUCCCAUUCUCCAGUCCCACCCACGCUUUGUGAGACGCAAGACCCGUCGACCGGUGAUCACCAAGAUUCCGCCACGGAAGCGCUAUCUGCAGCCCAGCAAGAUCCGAGAGGAGCAUCUGACGUCCUUCAACUACUCCAGUGUGGACGAGCAGUUCCUACCGUCGUUUGCGAGGAAGCAAUCCAUGUUCUUUCCUCCAACUCAAGUUGACCAUUUCGGAGAGAGUAUUCAGACCGUCUUCUCGGACACAAAGAUGGUUGUGCGCUCGAUGGACUCGCGGGUCUCGGGUCGGAUGCCACAAGGAUUCAUAACGCUCUCGGUUGAGCCGGCAUCUGAAAUCACAGACUUUGGCCAAGACCUUGACUCCAAUUUGAAGGAGAAUCUUGACGAGCGGCUCACUCAGUACAAGGAAGUCGAAGAACUCUAUGACGAAAUCAUGAAGACGGUCGUUGGAAGCUCGUACUGGGAAGGCGAGGAAGCCGAGCAAGAUUCGGGCAUUAUCACCCCCGCUGCGCCCUUCGAUAAUGCCCUGACGAUGUCGUACGCAUACCAGGGCCUGGCUCCGCCUCCGCCCACCAGCCACCAGGAUAUCGAGGCCGAGCAAAUCAGCAGAGCCACCAACAUCUCCGAGCGACGCGAGCACUUUGGCUCUGAAAUAGCGCUCGGCCCACUGCCGAACCAGAAGCCAAAGUACGACGACACCGUCCGGGCCAACAUCAACGGCGAGUUUGAUACGCCCGAGGUCAGGAUGAAUCCCCGUUUGCGGGACGUUAUGGUCCAGCCCGACGACUUCAUCAACGACCGCAUGCUUGCGAUGAAGAAGACCCCGUCGUCCAAGUACGGUGUGUUCAAGUACAACUACGGUGGAUACAUUCCCUUUGAUUUUGAGCAACGGCGGCAGAUGCACAAUGUGCCCUUUGGACCGGACGAUUACCUUGGCUGGCUUCGGAGCCGCGCCUGCGAUUUUGUGGCCGAUCUGCUCAUCGACGAUCUCGACGACGAGGAAAAGUUCAAGCGGGAGAUGGAGGAACAGCGACGGCUGCAAAAGAUCAAGGAGGAGACCGAGCGCGUCGAGAAAUUCAAGCUCGAAAAAGUCGAACGACGCAAGCGGCUGCUCCACUUUGAGAAGGGCAUGUGGAACCCGGGGAUCAUCGAAUACAUGGAAGAGAUCCGCGAAAGCGACGGAGACGACGAUGUGCCAGCGCCAAAGUCAUUUACGCCUCAGUCACCGCUUUCGGCACCAGCACCAGGACAGCCUGAAAUCGACUUGGGCACAGCUGGAUCGCAGCCGGGCGAUAAGCCGGCCGCGGAAGAUGGCGCAGCCGACCAAGAUAAUGAGGCUCUACUGUCGAUUCUGGACGACUCUGGGAGCGACAGCGAACCGGGAGACGAGGAUAAGGAGAGGCACCAGAAGGAAGGUCUCGAGCAAAUCCAAGAGAAUGGCGAGUCUGAGCCCAACGAGCCCAACGCCGACCAGCCACUUCCCACCCCCGCCGAUGGCAAACGAGUCAAGUUUUUCAACCAGGAGACCUUCACACAAAAGGCUGCCGAAGACAACGUUGGCAAGAUUCAGGGCGAGCUCGAGAGGCUUUGGCGAGCACUCUACAUGCCCCUGGACCAAAAGCUCGACAUGGCUAUCAAAUAUGGCUCGCACAAGUUUAUUUCCAAGCUCGAAACGGCGCUCAAGUUGUGGAGAAGCGUUUCAGAGCACAUCCAAACGCGGGAGACACUCUUGAUCGAUAUCGAGGCGUUCGAGCGCACUGCCUCAGACCCUGCGCGGUUCUUUCGCCGCGGACAUGACGGCUCCUCGGAAGCGCGGCUGGCCGAGGCUCGUGCUCGAGAAGACCUUAUGCGCAAGCUGCACUAUGUCGAGGCGCGCAUCCACGAUGUCGUUAGCUUGAUCAAGCUCGAGUUGAAUGAGACUGUGACGUACAAAGGUGCGCCGUACAUCGAGAAGAUGAAGUAUGACUAUACCGAGAUCCUUCAAAAAGUUGCCCAGGAGCGUGAGGAGCGGGAGCGACAGCAGCGGGCCGAAGCCACGCCCUCGCCAUCCAAGUCACCAUUUGGACGGAGCAUGUCACGGCCAUCGAGAAAGUAACCCAGUUGCAGCUUGGUACCAAUGCCUGCUUGCUCGAGUCGCCAGAACGGGAGCUCAGCACUGAAUACGGCGCACGCAACGUGAAACAGGACAUCCAUCCGUCUUUGCUCUGGAUCCUCAAUACAUACCCACGUGGCUGCCUUUGGGAGCAACUCGCGCAAGUAAGGGGAGAGAUACCCAUCGG